AUGCUCUACUACAGCGGUCAUACUCGACGGAUUGGGGACGUCGAUGACGGCUCUACUGUCACCGACUUCCUACCUGCCGAGCGUGCCAGAGGAAUCACUAUCCAAUCCGCCGCAAUCACCUUCGAAUGGCCCCCAGCGCUAGCAGGACUGCAGUCAACCCCUGAAGACAUUGGCGGAGACACUUCUGAGACGCAGCCUCGGUCGCGGUUUACCCACAACAUCAAUCUAAUCGAUACACCUGGACAUGCCGACUUUACUUUUGAAGUACGACGGUCGUUGCGAAUCUUAGAUGGCGCGGUUUGCAUUCUUGACGGGGUCGCGGGCGUCGAGGCACAGACCGAACAGGUGUGGGCUCAAGCUGCUGAAUGGAAUAUCCCUAGGAUAGUUUAUAUUAACAAACUAGAUCGCGAUGGCGCUGCUUUUGGACGAACUGUUCGUGAGAUCGGCUCACGCUUGGGCGGCUGGCCCGCUGUCUGUCAGAUCCCGUGGUUCGAGGGUGGGAAAGGUCGCUUUACCGGGGUUGGCGACGUCAUCAACCUGGAAGGACUUUUGUAUGAGAACGGCGGGGACGGAAAAGAAAUCAAGCGCUAUCGACUUUCUCAGCUGGAGCAGGAGUAUCCAGAUAUGGCCCAAGAACUGCGCAGUGCCAGAGCAGCCUUGGUCGAGCUCCUGAGCGAACACGACGAUCAGCUGGUCGAGGCAUUCUUCGAAGCAGAGGAGGAUCAUUUGAACAUUACGCCCUCUCAGUUGCUGGACAGUCUGAGACGUUGUCUUCUGGCUCCUCAUAGCACGAUCAUUCCCGUCUUCGCCGGGGCCAGUUUCCGCAACAUUGGCGUUCAGCCACUGUUGGAUGCUGUCACAAACCUGUUGCCGAGUCCUCUUGAACGCCCAGACCCCGACGUCAGUGUCGGUUCUAGCUCAGGAGGAUUGUCGCAAUUGAUCCGAGGUGACCUGGAGUUUCGAAAAGACACAAACACAGCAGCCAAGCUCAAAAAGAAAGGGCAAACUUCCGACCCCCUAGCCAUCGGCAAUGCUCUGCAGGGCUGUGCUUUGGCUUUCAAAGUGGUCAACGACCCACGUAAGGGUGUGCUGGUCUAUAUUCGAGUGUAUUCGGGCUCGAUAGACCGCAAUGGCCUGCUCUAUAACACCAACCUUCAGAGCUCGGAGCGCGCCACCACGUUACUACGCAUGUACGCCAAUGAAUCUGUGCCUGUACAAGCCCUGCACGCUGGCGAGAUCGGGGUCAUUGCUGGUUCGAAAUAUGCUCGAACAGGGGAUACUCUGAUCUCAUACUCCGGGAACAAAGCCACCCCACCAGAGCCAUUGAACAAGUUACAGCUGAGACCCAUCAAAGUGCCUCCUCCCGUCUUUUUCGCAGCACUCGAGCCCAACAGCCUACGAGAGGAGAAGGACAUGCAUGAGAAGCUGGCGUUACUGCUCCGAGAAGACCCAAGUCUGCAAGUAUCCCAGGACGAAGAUACGGGCCAGACUCAAAUCAGUGGCAUGGGCGAGUUGCAUCUUGAAAUCGCUGCCGACAGACUCGUGAACGACCUCAAAGCCAAAGCGCGAAUGGGAAAGAUCGCCAUCGGCUAUCGGGAGACCUUGCCUGAAGCAUCUAUGUCCGUCACAAAAGUCCUGGAGGGUGAGCGGGCAGCUACAAAAGGAAAAGCGGGGUGUACGGCCCUGGUCGAACCCCUACCAGACGAUGAGGAUACUUCCUUGACUGUUCCGGAUGAUGCCUUCAGCUAUGAACAAGAUGGAAACCUGGUGGUGGUUGAGACGCCAACGCUGGACGAAAAAGGAAGACCGCUAACAUCGGACGACGUGGCCUUACCCGCCAACCUAACAGUUCCGGAGAUUCAAACGGCGUAUCUCAACGGGGCACUUGCAGCAUUGAGCCGUGGUCCAUCCUAUUCAUUUCCGUUGCGCAACACCAAAGUCACGCUCACGCUACGUCCGGAAGAGCACAUCUUUGGGUCCGAGACAACGUACGCAUCUCUCACCGCCGCAGCCCGGCUUGCCACAAACGCCGCAUUCAGAGAUGCUACCAAAAACACAGCAAGUAUUUUGAUGGAACCGGUGAUGAACGUCGACAUCAGUGUCGACGAGGCUAGUCUGGGAAAUGUCAUUCAGGAUAUUUCCUCCAGUCGUGGUGGCCAGAUCGUUUCUCUUGGAGACCAUGAGGACGGAGCUUCCGCAUCGGAUAAUAGUACGAAAAGAAUCGAUGUGAGCAAGAUCUAUGCUCCCAAGGAUCCAUUCGAGUCAGGAUCCUCUCGCUCAGGGGAGGACCAUCACCGGCUGAACUUGCAGCGAACCGUCAAAGCAAGAGUGCCCCUCAAGGAGAUGGUAGGGUAUCUGAAGCAUUUGCGCAGUAUGACAGGGGGGCGAGGGACGUUCGUCAUGAGCGUAGACCGAUUCGAGAAGAUUACAGGACCACGGGAGAAGGCAGUCAUCCAGGAACUGCUUGGUGGCUUUGUAUAA